UUGAGUUUGAUUAUUGACAGACGAUCAGCUGCACGUGACCAAUUUACAACCACAACACAAACAAAGCGAGCAAAGUAGUUCCAUCAACAAUGCGCGAAUUCAUAUGCUGUUGCCGACAUUUAGCAUGUUUGAAGUAAAACGCAAACAAGUUAUUUCAUUAACUUUAUCACAAUUACAUCAAAUAUAUAUCUGGAGUAAUAAUAUCUUUAGAAGUUACUUAUAUUACUCCACGAACGAAAAUAGAAUUUGGAAAUCCGCACGCGAUUUGACUUCCAGAUCGUCUGAACAGACUGCUGAACAGCUGAAGGAAUAUGGCAGAUUCUGAUGAUUAUUUCAAUUCGUUAGAAGAUGUAAUAGAUUCAGAUUAUGUAAAUUUCACAGAUACAUGGAUGAUGGAAAUGAAUAGGCCUGAUGAAAGUGAUAAUGGUGAAGAUUCAGAUUAUGAAAAUAUCACAGAUACAUGUAUGAUGGAAAUGAAUAGUCCGGAUGAAAGUGAUAAUGGUGAAGACAGCUAUCAAGAUACAGAUGAUUCUGAGCUAGAAUGCGAGUCAGGAGAUGAAGUUGCGGAAAAUAUUGAAGCUGCAGAAGGUGGAAGACCUCUUGUAUUAUGGUAA